UCAAGGUAAAUGCAGCUUUAAAUGUAGCGCGGUCACUGAUAGGCUGCUGCAGCUGCUGGCAGUCUGAUUGACAGGCGAUCUGACCAAUCGUCACGCGUUGUUAUGUGCCUCCGUUGCUGUCCGCCAUUUAAUCCGACAAACAAAACAGUCCGACAACAAGCAUGUCAGGCGUAGUGAACUAACUAACUUGGAAAAUGGUGAAAAGGUGCACGUAUGUGGCUUGCAACGCAGACAGCAGGUACCCAGAAAGGCUGGGCGACAUACAGUUUCACCCGUUCCCUAAACCUGCCAGAAAUCUGCAGAAGUGUAUGAAGUGGAUAAGUUUGUGUGGCCGGCCUCAGCAGCAGCUCUGUGACAGGCUGAGAAACCAUUCCACAGCCAAACACAUCUAUGUGUGCUCAAAGCACUUCGUUGACGGCCGGCCGACACCUGCUCACCCCGAUCCUCUGCCAGCAUUGAUAGAUAACUGUAGUAUGUUGCGAACCGUGUCUGUGCCACCAAGAGAAGGACUACGAGAUGACCGCAAACCACACAAUGCUGAAAACAUCAGGUGUGAUCUACAAGGCGUUUCCAUUGUUAUUAAAAAAGAGAUGGUAGCAGAAUCAAUCAUGGAAGAUACCACUACAGAGGAGAGCACUAUGGUCAUUAAAAUGGAGUGCACAGAUGACCAACCCCAGACAGAAGAAACACAGGUGGAACUGGAAAGACUGAAGACUCUUCUUGCUCAAAAAGAAAAAGAAAACGACUUGCUAAGAGAGAAAAUACAAGCUCAUCAGGCUCUUUACCCACUAACACCAGAGACUGUAAAUAACAGCAGUGUCCCUAACUACUUCAAAUACUGCACUGGGUUCACUUACGAUGAAUUUAACGAACUGUGCCGAUUUUUCGCCCUUCCAGAUAAUGAAACAGUCCCACAAACACACAUCCCCUUGACAUGUGAUAAACUGAACAGGCACAUCCGCCACAUGCCUUUACGUCAACAAUUUCUAUUUGUAAGUUAUUUACAUUGUGCUUAUGUCCUGUGUUAA